AUGAAUUUCUACACUGUCUGCGUUCUUGCCAUCCUCGCCGUCGCCGUCAUGGCCGCUCCACAGCACAUCAUUGAGAAAACCACCAUCAUCCGUGGUGGAGGUGGCUUUGGCGGUCGUGGUGGAUUCGGUGGAGGACCAGGACAGUUCGGACCUAGAGGAGGUGGUCCAGGAUUUGGAGGACGUGGUGGAUUCGGCGGACCAGGAUAUGGACCAGGAUUCGGUGGACCAAGAUACGGACCAGGAGGAUUUGGACGUGGACCGACAACUAUCAUCAAGGAGACCGUUGUCCGAGGAUAA